CAGGACCGGGGGGGGAAGGGGGCAGGCUGCGGCCUGGUGCUGCUGGUGACAUGUCCGGAGUCGCUGUCCUGUUGUUGCUGCUGCAGUAUUUUGUCAUUCUGCGAUGCUAGUUCAGACAGAGGGAAUGCAUGGAUUCCAUCACAUUUAAGAGUGAUACAGUACUUUCCGAUGUCCACAUGUACACACCAAACAUUAGGCACCUUAUGGUGAGACUAAAUGCAGUUGGACAACCAGUCUUUGUGUCAAAGUUUAAAAUCCUACGGAAUAUUAAUAUCUGCAACAAAGAUGACUCAGGAAACUUCAGCAGUGAAGAAAAUAGAGUACUUGAUGCAGAUGAUGUUUUAACUGGUCAAAUGGGUUGCAGCUAUGCUGCUGCAAACGAAAAGAAAUUUGAAGUGACAAAAGACACAGUGCAUACUGAAGUCCUGCUAGAUGAUGAUGGAGAUCUGGAUGUUAUUCGGAGACCUGUUGACUUCCUUUGUUAUGAAGAAAAUCUAUGGAGAGAGAAAGUAUAUCCCACCAUUAUAAGUAAAGGGGAGGAGUAUUCCUCUGAGGAGUAUGAGGAGGAUUGCAGUACUUGCAAAGAGAUCAGAAUAGAACACACUAUGGAUACUACUUUGGAGGAUGUUGGAAAACAGGUAUGGCGUGGUGCCUUUCUUCUUGCUGAUUACAUUUGGAAUAAUAGUUACCUAUUCAGAGACUGCACAGUGUUGGAGUUGGGAGCAGGCACGGGAAUGACCAGCAUUGUCAUGGCAACUGUUGCUAAGACUAUUUAUUGCACAGAUGUUGGUGAAGACUUACUAAAUAUGUGUGAAAGAAAUAUCAUUGUAAACAAGCAUAUUUAUGAGGCAGCAGGAAGUGAAAUUAAAGUAAGAGAACUGGACUGGCUGAGAGAUGAUUUAUGUACAGACACUAAGAACCCAUAUUGUUGGUCAGAAGAAGAAAUAGCUCAUAUGUAUGAUCAUACUGAUGUGCUACUUGCUGCUGAUGUAUUCUAUGAUGAUGAUUUGACAGAUGCAUUUUUUCAGACCAUCUACAGAAUUUUGAGCAAUUUGAAAAAUCCAAGCACCAUAUAUCUUUCUGUAGAGAAACGGCUCAACUUUACCUUGAGAAAAAUGGAUGUUACAUGUGAUGCAUAUGAUCAUUUUCGAUUGUGUUUGGCUGACUUGGAAAACAUCUGUGAUGGGAGAACUAAAUUUAUUGUGGAACCCAUCAAAAGUUCUUUUCCACAGUUCCUUUCUUAUGAGCGAGUGGAACAGUUGGAACUGUGGAAAAUUAUUGCUGAGCCAUUUAAAAGCAACACACAACAAUAGAAUGGUUAUUGUGAUUGAAAGUGCAUUGAGAGGAGUGUUGCUCAUUUCUUCAGUUUGUUGAAGACUUUAACUGAAAAGCCUUGCAAACUGUUUAAAUAGUAAGGAAUAAUAACUAUCUUAUAUCGUUCAAUGAUACAACAGUAACUGCAGCAAGGAAAUUACUUCACAAAUGUUAAUGGAGGAAGUCUUAAUAUGCUUGAAUCACAUUUCUCUACUAUUUAAACAGGUACUGACCUUUACAAUGAAUCUGUCAAUGAAUACAAAAAAUAGAGACAAAAAACUUUUAUACAAUGAAAUUGAUUAUAACAAAUGCUUCCCAUUGACUUAAUUAUCGUUAUCCUGUUUUCAUAAGAGGUCUUCUGUCUCUAACAUAACAGAGGAAUUUCAAAUAAGCACAUAAAUAUGAAAAUAGUUUCUGUACUCAUAAGAUGUACUUUCAUUUUUUCCAUUCUUACAAUUCUCAACCUAAAACACAUAACGUGAAAUAUAUUCACUAAAAAAAGAAAGGGAAGAAUUAUUUUUCAUAAAAUGGAUUUCAAUUGCUUGUAAACUUUUACCCUAUUGAGUUAGAACACUUAAGCACUGAAUCAGACAACAUAGAUGAAGGCCAUUCAGCCCAUAAUGCCUAUGUCAGGUCUUUGAAAGAGCUAUCCAGUUAAUUACACUGCAUACAACUGGAACCUUUCCUUUUCAUUUCCCUAUUGAAAGUUACGAUUGAAUCUGCUUAUAUCACCCUUCAAGCAGUGUAUCCCAGACAUCGUAACUCUCUGCAUUAAAUAAAUUCACCCAUCCAAUCUGCCCUCAAUCCCAUGUUUGUUUGCUGAUAUCUCAACUCAGUGCUCUUUCCAAAUCUCUUUCUAAAUUCUUCGUAGUUUUUGAUAAGCCUCUAUUAAAUCUACUCUUAGCAUUCUUUGCUCUGAGGAAUGCAAUCCCACUUUCCUCUAAUGUCUCCACACAUCUGAAAUCUAAUCAAUUCAUUUCAAAGAUCCUUGAUGUUCUAAUACAGCUGUAGCCAAACAUUUAACUGAAUAUGAUUUAUUGUGUUUGAGUUUAUUUUAAACUGAGAUGUACUUUGAACUAAUAUAUUUUAUAAAUGCAGUGUGAUUCUAUUUUGGGAAUAAAGUUUUUUUUGAGGAAAAAAACAAUAACUUAAAUAUUCCUCUUGCAUCUAUUCUUACUGCUACUACAUUCGAGAGCCUGUUCAGAUUAUGGAGAUCAUUUAUUUCAGUGAAGUGAGAAAUUUUACAUGUCCUGCAUUACUGCCAACGUUUUGAAUCAUAUAA